AUGGCUUCACUAUAUACAGUCACUAUAGAGAACGCGCAAGAAGGGCCGCGAAGACAACGUGGUCGAUCAAGGAUUCAUACCAGUGAAAGCGAGUGUGAAAGGAGUAGAUGUGAAGAAGAAUUCUCGCAAGAGCGGGCAGCUCGACAGCAGGCUGAUGUAGAAGGUCAAUGGGGAAGACGUGAAAGAGAAAGCAGUGAAGAACGAACUGUUCGACAGCGGACACAAGCAGAACGUCAACGGGGAAAACGUGAAGGAGUAAGCAAUGAAGAACGAGCUGUUCAACAUCAGGCCGAUGUAGAGCGUCAACGGGGAAUACGUGAGAGAGGAAGCUAUUUGUUCAAGGACCCACUGAGGGCAUUCAACUCAGCAUUAGCAAUGGCCUCAAUGGGAGCGCAAGUAGACACUAUCAGAAGAAGGGGCCUUUAUUGCUGUCGCAUUUAUGAACAAGUCUACCAUCGCAUAGGACCGCUUCAUCUGCAAGAAGGAGAACAGGGACAAUAUGGACAAAUUUACAUCUUGGAUGCUUAA